CCAUUUUUGCAACGCUCGUGAUCAACAGACAACUGGGCCCCAGUACCGUCAGCAGACGUUUUACACAGCAUAGCGCCUGUGGACGAGUUGGUGCGCGUUACGUUCCAUUCCGCGUCGAUCGCAUUAUCUCGCGACAGUCGAACGCUUGUUUGAAAUUUGAGUGAGAACGCAGAAGGGAUUCUAUAUUCAAGAACGAGAGCGGCAGGUUUAUCGCAUAGCAAGAAGCUAAACGCUCCGAAUCGAGACUCGAGUACCGUGCUGGGUGUGUCAUAAUGCGUGCUAUUCUAGCCUUGAUAUGCGUGUUGCUGCACACGGUCGCGGCUCAACGUACUCCGACAAUAUCUUACAUAUCGCAGGAACAAAUUAAGGAUAUCGGGGAAACGGUAGAACUGCAGUGCUCCGUUCAGUACGCGCAGGAGUAUCCUGUCUUGUGGAUAAAGGUUAAUAAGGACAGCGUACACGAGCAAGUGGCACUUUCUACCGGCACUGCCUUGAUAAUCAGAGACAGUAGAUUUUCCCUCAAGUAUGACACAGCGUCUACCACCUAUGUCUUACAAGUUAAAGACAUACAAGAAACGGACGCUGGACUAUAUCAAUGUAGAAUACAGAUAACUGUAAACAAUCUCAUAAGCGCGGAAGUGGAGCUGCAAGUCCGUAGGCCACCGGUAAUUAGCGACAACUCGACCCAGUCUCUGGUAGCUAGCGAGCAGCAAUCUAUCUAUUUGGAAUGCUAUGCCAAUGGCUUUCCGCCACCGAGGAUAUCAUGGCGUAGAGAAAACAAUGCUAUUCUGCCGACCGGAGGCUCGAUCUAUCGUGGUAACGUGUUAAAAAUACCUUCCAUACAAAAAGAGGAUCGCGGAACGUAUUAUUGCAUCGCCGAGAAUGGCGUUGGGCGUGGUGCCAGGCGUAACAUUAACGUGGAGGUUGAAUUCGCGCCGGUCAUCACAGCUCCCAGGCCACGACUCGGACAAGCUUUGCAAUACGAUAUGGAUUUGGAGUGUCACGUAGAAGCAUAUCCACCCCCAGCUAUCACAUGGCUUAAAGACGAUGUAGUCUUGUCAAAUAAUCAGCAUUAUAGCAUAUCGCACUUUGCAACCGCGGAUGAAUAUACUGACACAACGAUUCGAGUUAUUACUAUAGAAAAGCGACAAUAUGGAAAAUAUGUAUGUAAAGCAGCCAACAAACUUGGCACUGUUGAGACCAAAGUUGAGCUUUUCGAAACCAUUAUUCCUAUUUGCCCGCCAGCUUGUGGAGAAGCUCAUUAUGGAACUGGCGUAGUUCCACUUUCUUCUGGACCCUUGGUAGUUCUUCUUUUAUUAAUUACGAUAUUAAUGAGAAAUUUUAACGCCAAAUAUUAACUACCCGGGCCUCCAAUGGGCAGGGGCCAGUCGAUGCGACUUCUUUAAAUGGCACUACGCAACCAUCAGCUUUAUUGUUCUCACGAUAACGUUGUAAGACCAAAAGACCUAAACCGUAAGGGCCUCAAUUGCUGUUUUACUAAUUUACUUUUUAUAUUUGUAUCAUGCAAUUAUUUUUAUAGUUAUUUACAAACAGACCAAUUUAUCGUUAAUGCGAGAAACGCGCAUAUCGUGACACGACGUGUCACUACAGUACAGUUGUCGAUAGAAAUUAAUGACAAUACUAUCAAUGUCUGUAUCAUUAGAGAUAUCAUUAGUUAUACGUUCGGUUUUUUAUGGUACUCAUAUUUACACUAAAUUUUUGAUAUGUAUACAUACAUAGAGAGAUAUAUUGUGUUUUUAAAAAAUGCAUUUUUUAUAAUUGAAUCUUUAUAUUAGAGUUAUAUUUGUUGUUAGUUUUGAUUUUGUGUAACCCCUGUUUCUUUGUAUAAUAUGUGUAAUAACGUCGCUCAAUUUUUACAUCGAAAUUUUAAAUUUAAUUUAAAUAAUAUUAAACGUAAACAAGGGUGCACUAUGAUUUGAGGAAAGGGGGCAUGACACGAUUCUAAAUUUGUCCCGUUGGAACGUACUUAUUGGCAUUUUGAUUACGAUUAGAAAAAGUAAUUCAUGUACUCUUACAUAGACACCAACGAUAUAAAAAUGUUGGAAAGAUACAAAUUAACAUUUCAGUACACAUGUAUGACGAUACACACGAUGUUAUGUAACGCGGCAUAUAAACAGCGUAACUCCUUGACUUCGAUAGAUGACAGAGAAGUAAAGAAAAAAAGUAAUAACGUUGCAAAGCAUAUUUCAAUAUUAUCUUACUUAGUAGUUGCAAAUCGACAAUACGGAUUUGUAGAAUUAUCUAGCUACCCCGUUAAUGAAAGAAUUUGGAAUUUGUCAUGAACAAAGAAAACAAUGUUGAUGUUAGUGCCUUGUUCGUGAUAUAAAAAACAUAUGUAAUUUAUGUUAGAAGUAAAAUUAUAAAUGUGUACAACUUGGACACAUUACAAGAUACAUUACGUGCACGUGCAUAACAUGUACGUAUGUAAUAUAACACUUUAUGCGUUUUAUCGAGCACAUAUUUAUACUUCUUGCACAUUUACAAUCGCGAUCUCUUUUAACACGGCGUAUCACAUAGAUGUUAUAUAACCUGAUAGCAGAAAGUAGGAAGCUGGAAAUUCAGUGGAAAGAAUCUCAGCCAGUUUUUAUAUACUCUUUACAAGUUUCCAAUUUUAUAUUUGCUAAUAUUGUAAUUUGUAUUUGAAACUCGACGCCAUGAUACUCGUAAUAUUUAUAAUAACCGUAGUAUUUAUACACGUUGUGAACAAUUGUGUACUAUCAGAUAUACCAUAGUAUAAUAUCAGCAAAGUUUUAUACAAGUAUUCCUUUGUACUACGAUAUCGCAUUUUAUUAAUUACUUAAAACUCCAUGCAUUUACAUAUUCAGCCAAAUUUAUGGAAUAGGCAAUAAAAUUUUAUAAAAACAAA